AUGGCCGGUAUCAAAUGCCAUAACCGCAUUCAUUUUCUAGAGCUCGAGUAUGCUCUUAGUCGCCAGUGUACGAAAGUCGCGUACAAGAGAAAAAACGAUACUACCUUCAAGGACUUCCCCAGCCCGGACAUUGCCAGAUCGCUGACAGGGCCAGAUAUUCUGCAGAAACAUUCCAUCAACUCGUUGCUGCUGGAGCACAAUGAGAUCAUCUCCCGGGGACUGCCGUCACCGAUCGAAGAUAACAUGUCACUGUCGGAUCUUCUGGGAGGUUCGCAAGCAUCCUCCCCAAUCUCAGUAUCGUCAUCACUGGUGACUAGUUCAUCCAGCUCGUCGGGAAAAAGCACGAGCCAGCACCAGAAUAGCAGCGCCCUAGCAGCAGCAACCCACCAUCAUCAUCACCUGAGCACUCAUCAUAACCACAAUGAACUGCAGCCAAACCAACACCAUAACCAUCAUCAACAAAACGGACCGCUCGCGACUUUCUCGACGCUGCCGUCGUCUUUGGGCGUCGGUGUUUCCGGGGGAGUGACCAAUAUUUGUGACGACAGUGCCAGUAGCAUCUUCAGCUCAACCGGUCUUAGCUCGGGUAGCGGAGGUAGCACGGCAAGUGGAACGAUUUCAUCGAAUCCAUUCAAUUUUGCCAGCCUACGAAUUCCCAGCCCGUCGCUCAAUUCGCCGGACCUCUUGAACAGCGGCGGGCUUAUCGGAGGUAGCAUCGUAGGAAGCAGCCAUAGCACUGCCAGCAACAGUAGCAGCAGUAGUAGCAGCGGAAUCAGUUGUGGCAUUGGGAGUGGUGGCAAUGGCCAGUCACCAACAACACAUUCGUUUUACUCCAGCUUGCAGCAACAGUCGGCAGGCAGUGGAGGCGAAGGAUCUGCAGGAUCUUCUGGUGGGGGAGUAGGAUUCGACGAAUUUCGGUUUGAUACUGAUCUAGUGCUAGGAUGUGGCAGUAGCGGUAUCGUGACGCCGAAUGGAUUGACUACCGAAACGCUAAAACUUAGACGACGACACAUUAGUUUCGAUUGCACUACUCCUACCACUGGCACGUCUUCGCCAGGUGAAGGAGCCUCGCCUACGCUAACACUGCUCUGUCCAAAUACCAGUGGUCGAAAUUAUCGAAACGGUAGCUAUUCACAACUCCAGCAAAGCACUGUUGCCCAACAACACAAUCCACAACAACAGCAGCAACAAUCAAUCAAUGUUCCUUAUGAUAUCCUCACUGGUAUUGGGAGCGCAAACAAUGGAGGAACAGUUAUUAGCAACAACAUAGCUGCUAUGGGCGGAUUUGAUGCGAAUAGUACUAACAACAGCUCGUUGUCGCUGUUCACAGUAGGCAAUGGAUCUUUAUCCCGUUCACAUUCGCCGCAGGAUCAUACAGACACUAGCAACUUGCUGACGAACCUUGAGAAUGCGAGCAUAUUAGAUAUGCUUAAAUGUUUUACUCUAGGUCAGAGUACGAAUUCUCCUACUGGACAGCAUAAUAAUCAAUCACAACAACAGCCAUACGUACAACAAAAUCAAUUCGGGCCUUACACAUCGUCUCUGGGUACAAUGUAUCAGCAACAACCGCAACAAACAACUGGACCAGUAUCGACAUCCUUCGGUACAAGUACCGCCAACAGCGGUACCAUAGCCAGUUUAUCUGGAUUGAACUCAAAUAAUACGGGUAUUUCCAGUGACUACGAACGAUUGCAAAAUUUACAAGCGCUCAACACUCUUCGCUUGUUGCAGCAAUCGCAGCAGCUGUCUCAAUUGCAGCAGUUGCAGUUUAAUCAAUCUUUACUAUCUGCAACUACCGGUAAUACCAAUGGUAUUUAUUCUGGUAGUGUCGGAGCAGGUAACAUUUCCCCCUCCGGGACCAAUGGACCUGCUGCAAGUAACAUCGGAUCUGCUAGCAGCAGUGCUGGUGGCAAUUGCAGUAACAAUAACAACAGUAAUGCGCAAACCAAAAACUGGUCACCACAACAUCAGCAACAGCUAUUACAACUUCAAAUGCAACAAGGCUUCUCAACCACAUCAUUGAACGGGGGUUCUAACGGAGGUAAUGGAUAUGCGGAUAACAAUCUUGAUCGUAUUGCAAGAUUCCAUCGAUCGUCUGCAGCCCAUUAUGAUGCCACCUGCACUUGGAGUGGUGUUUUGCCUCCUCGCUCAAACAGAUUGGUGACGUAUUCCUCGAAAAUUUUUCUCGGUGGGAUGCCAUGGGACAUUAGUGAACAAUCUUUGGUACAAGUAUUCAAACCAUUUGGCUCAAUAAAAGUUGAAUGGCCUGGCAAAGAACAACAAGCCACACAACCAAAAGGCUACGUGUACAUUAUUUUCGAGUCGGACAAACAGGUAAAGGCGCUGUUGCAGGCAUGCACUUACACGAACCCCAAUGGUAACAUAUAUGGUGGUAACCACGGGUGCGCAUCAGCAACAGCAACUGGUGCGAAAAUCAACUUCAAGAUAUCUUCGAAGCGCAUCAAAUCAAAAGAUGUUGAGGUGAUCCCAUGGAAUAUUGCGGAUUCGAAUUACGUGAAAUCCACCUCACAGAAACUUGACCCGACGAAGACAGUAUUUGUUGGUGCGCUACACGGUCAGCUGACUGCUGAGGGCUUAGCGAAGAUUAUGAAUGAUUUGUUUGAUGGGGUCGUUUACGUUGGCAUCGAUACGGACAAGUACAAAUAUCCACUUGGGUCGGCUCGUGUAACAUUCAACAACUGCCGUUCCUAUAUGAAAGCGGUCGUGGCAGCUUUCAUCGAAAUUCGAACGACCAAAUUCACGAAGAAGUUGCAGGUGGAUCCUUACUUGGAGGAUUCCCUUUGUUCGAUGUGCACAGUACAACAUGGACCAUAUUUUUGUCGUGAAAUCGUGUGUUUCAGAUAUUUCUGUCGCUCAUGUUGGCAGCUACAGCAUAGUCGGGAGGUGUAUCUGCAGAAUCAUAAACCACUAACCAGAAAUUCAAAGUUCACCGCAAUCAUAGGUGUAGGACCUCAACAGCAGGUGCAAUCUCACACGUUAGGCAACAACAACGGUAUUCAUCACCCACAGCAACAUACGUUUGAUCACAAUCAAUACUACAACAACCAUCACAAUCAUCACCAUCACCACGAGGGAUCCAAUCGCUCGCUGGGGCAUCAAACCAAUUCUAAUUUAUCGUCGAACAAUCAGUACCACAAAAAUGGUACACCCUCACAUCACAACGGCCACUAUCAUCAUCAACAACAUAACCACGGUCGUUUAACGAUGUUGCAACAGCAGUAUCAACGUUCACUUUCAAAAUCGCCAUCUCCGUCGAUUAGCAAUGGUGUGGAAAGUGGAAGUAGCAACGAUAUCAACAGCAGCAGUGGCAGCAGCAACAUUAGCAGUAGCAGCAGCAGCAGUAGCAGCAAUAGCAACAACAGCAAUAGUUGCAGUCCUUUGGGUAUCAGCAACCAGCAGCGCAACACCAACAGCGCUGGUAGCAGCUGCAGUAAUAAUAGCAAUACAGGAAACAACUCCAUUGGCGGUGAGUCCCUACUUGGUUCCUCCUGCAAUGGAUCACUAAACAUGCAGCAGUUGGGUUUUAUUGGUAACGGAGGUAGCGUAUGUGGUGGUAGCAAUGGUGGUAGUGGAUUGAUCAUUUAA